UCAUUUUCGAGGGUGAGGUGUCUCUAGUGCAUUUUGGAAUACUUUGUUGUCGUUUUAAUAUUUAAAAUGCUGAGAUAGUGUUAAUUUCAAAAGACGCACAAAUAUGUGUCGUGGUAGUGAAUUAUCUCUUUAUAGUUUGAUUGAAGUGUAGUGUCCAACAUGUUUCGGUGUAUACCUUUGUUCAAAUGCAAUCGGCAAGUGGAAUGUGUAGACAAGCGGCAUUGCUCUUUGCCAACAGUACCUGAAGACAUCCUGAGAUACUCCAGAAGUUUGGAGGAACUUUUUUUGGAUGCCAAUCAUAUAAGAGAUUUACCUAAGAACUUCUUCAGACUACAUCGGUUGAGAAGAUUAGGCCUUAGUGAUAAUGAAAUUCAUAAACUUCCAUCUGACAUCCAGAAUUUUGAAAAUCUAGUUGAACUUGAUGUAUCCAGAAAUGACAUUCCCGAUAUCCCCGAGGACAUCAAAAAGCUGCGCGCGCUGCAGAUCGCGGACUUCAGCAGCAAUCCGAUCCCACGGCUGCCGGCAGGCUUCAGCCAGCUGCGGGCGCUCACCGUACUUGGCCUCAAUGACAUGUCGCUCACCAGCCUGCCGAGCGACUUUGGAAGCCUGAUGUCAUUACAAUCGCUUGAGCUGAGGGAGAACUUGCUCAAAUCUUUGCCGGAGUCACUUAAAAAUCUAACCAAAUUGGAAAGGUUAGAUUUGGGCGACAAUGAAAUAGAGGAGUUGCCGGGGUUCAUCGGUGAGUUACCAGCACUAGAAGAAUUAUGGCUAGAUCACAACAAACUGCAGUAUUUACCACCGGAGAUCGGCAACCUCAAGGCGCUUAUAUGUUUGGACGUCAGCGAGAACAAGUUGGAGAAACUUCCGGAGAAAAUCGGAGGCCUUUGCUCUCUGACCGAUUUGCAUCUGUCACAGAAUAUGCUCGAAACUGUGCCGGAUGGCAUCGGAGAUCUGUCUAAGUUGGCCAUAUUGAAGUUAGAUCAGAACCGAUUGCAUACAUUAAACGAAAAUGUCGGAAGAUGCACGAACCUUCAAGAGCUAGUGUUAACAGAGAACUUCCUAAUGGAGCUACCGAAAUCAAUAGGCAAUCUCAACGAACUGACAGUAUUGAAUGUGGAUAGAAAUUCAUUAGCAGAUAUACCUAUGGAGAUAGGCAAUAUGACGCUGCUGGGUGUAUUGAGUUUGAGGGACAAUAAGCUGACAAAACUGCCCAAUGAGUUAGGGAAUUGUAAAUCCUUACAUGUUCUGGAUGUCAGCGGCAAUCGGUUACAAUACUUACCGUACACCUUGGUGAACUUGGAACUGAAAGCGGUGUGGUUGUCAGAGAAUCAAGCGCAGCCUCUCCUCACCUUCCAGACGGACAGGGACGAGGCGACAGGGGAGAACGUCCUCACUUGCUUCUUGUUACCCCAGCUCAGUUACACACAACAACCAGAGUUGGAUCACACGUCAGAGGUCGGCAGUGUAACGUGGUUCAGGGAUCACAGAUUUAAUUCACAGUCACAGGAGCUAGAUAGGAUAAGAGAAUCGAGCGCAUCUCGCGACCACGACUCUGAUGAUGACUGGGAGGAGAAGGAAGCAUCGAGGACUCACUCCGUCAAGUUCACAGAAGACGUUUCCGAAGCUAGAGAGGUGCCAUCGAUACAGGAGGAGAGUGAGAGUUCAGAUUUCUCCCUGAGCGGUCUGCGGCGGCCGCUCAGUGCGGUGCGCAAGUUGGUCUCUCAGCGCAGGACGUCUUUGCAGCGACUCUCCUCAUUAACUAACCUCAAUGAGACACCGUUCGUGCGUCAGAACACGCCUCACCCCAAGGAACUGAAGCUAAAGGCUCACAAGUUGCUAGCGGGCCGGUCGCCGGAGCAGCAGACCACGCAGGAGCCCCCCGCCACCAACGGAGUGGCCAUGUCGCCGCCCGACAACGAGACCACCACAGACACAACCGAACCUGUUGAAACACAAUCACCGCCCGAAAUUACAAAGGACGACGACAGCGACCAGGAAACACAAGAAAAGGAAUCAUCGGAAGACGAGAACGAUGAUAAUGAAGAUUCUGACGAAUUGGAGCGCGGUGGGCGGCGCGUGGCGUGGCGCGAGGGAGUGGAGGAGGGCGGAGUGCGCGCGGGUCGCCUGCACCGCCGCGACACGCCGCACCACCUCAAGAACAAGCGCGUUAGCCACAUUGAUGCCAGCCGCGCUCGCGACCUCAUUGCGCAGGCGAUCAAGAAGCGCGAACAACAGGAGGAACACAAGACUGAUGAAGAGGAGGCUGUCGAUGACGUGCCUGAUGGUGAGUCGGUAUCGGAGCGUGCGGAGAGCGAGGCGCGCGCGGCGAGCGGGGCCAGCGGAGCUAGCGUGCCGGGGGUACAACGAUGCACGGAAGUGCGCAUCGCGCGCGCCGCUGGCGGGCUCGGCCUGAGCAUCGCGGGCGGACGCGGCUCCACACCAUACAUUGGCGAUGACGACGGCAUCUUUAUAUCGCGGGUUACGCCCAACGGACCAGCCUAUAUGGCUGGACUCAGGGUGGGCGACAAAGUGCUAUCAGUGAAUGGUACAUCCGUGGUAGAUGUGGACCAUUACUUCGCGGUGGAAGUUCUCAAGGCGAGUGGACCUGUACUCACACUUGUAGUGACGAGGGAUACGCCGCUUUCUACCAGAACUCACAGCCGCGCUGCGAGCGGCGCCAGCCACCACUCGGUGUCGAGUGCGGCCGACACCGUGUCCACUCUGGAGAACGGACAGGUAACAACAGGACGAGGUAUCACAGCUAAGCCUCUCAUCAUCAGCAAUCAAUACGCGCAAGAAUUCGAACCCGAACAAAAGGAUCCAUCGCCGAUUCUAACGAAUGCCGUGUCACCGACAUUGAACUAUACUCCCUCGCCUGUACCUCAAGUGACGUACCAGCGACUGCAAGCCUCGCCCCCGCCGCCGCAAACUCAACCUUAUGUACCACCCGUAUACCAGCAGAAGGUGCUGGUGCACACGACGCUGAUCCGCGAUGGCGCCGGGCUUGGGUUCAGUAUCGCGGGCGGGCAGGGCUCGCCGCCGUACCGGGACGACAGCGACGCCAUAUACAUCUCGCGCAUCUCUCCGCACGGCGCCGCCGCCAAGGACGGCAAGAUGCAGGUCGGAGAUAAAGUCAUCUCGAUAAACGGCGUGGACAUGGAGAAGGCGAGGCACGAGGCUGCGGUGGCACUGCUUACUGGUCAUGAACGUUUUGUACGACUCGUGUUACAGCGGACCAUCACAUCCGACCAAGUCGAAACUAUCACGAGAAAGUCAAUAUCCGAGGAUGUCAAAGAACACAAGACAAGUAUGACCAACAUCAGCAUUGCGCCGCCCAAGACCGUGAGCGCUGCCCCCACGCUGAUUGGCAACCACACGACCGCCAAGACCACGCCCAUCGGCACCGGCCCCGCCCACGUCACAGUGAUGACGUCACAGACGCCCCAAGCUCAGCGCGUGCCCACGCCAGUCGCCGCUGCGUCUGCACACGUCACACACGUGACGACACAACCACCGCGAGCCGCAUCCACACCGGAGCCCGCGCAGGCAACGACGCAGCCGCCACAGCCUGCGCCUAGGAAACUCAGCCAGACUCAGACUAAUGGACAGGCGGGCACGAAGGCAACUAACAGUACGAGCACGCCUCUAACUCCCGGCGCAAAUAAAUUGCACGGCUCUAACGACGACGUAUUCGACGAUAUACAGCCGUCGCGGGCGAUCACGAACGAGGAGUUCCAAGCGAUGAUCCCGGCGCACUUCCUGGGCGCGCCGCGGCCCGACCAGCAGGCGGGCGCAGGCGGGGGGCGGGGCGUCACCGUCACAGUGCACCGGCCCGCCCCGCCCACGCUGCCCGCCCCGCCCACUGCGCCCGGCCGCGUCACCGAGACCAUCACCAAGUCCACCUUCACCGAGACCACGGUGACGCGCGUCACGGACAACCAGCUCGUCGCGCCGCUCAUCAUCGAAGAGGUGACGUUGCAGAAGGAAGGCGGUUCCCUCGGGUUCAGCAUCAUCGGUGGCACGGACCACUCCUGCGUACCUUUUGGCGGCAAGGAGCCGGGAAUUUUUAUUUCACACGUGGUACCCGGUGGGGUGGCGGCGCGGUCGGGCAAGCUGCGUAUGGGUGACCGUCUUCUGAAGGUGAAUGGUACAGAACUGACGGGCGCCACACACCGCGAGGCCGUGCAACUGCUCCUGCAGCCCGGACCCACGCUGGCCCUCACCGUGCGCCACGACCCUCUCCCGCCCGGCUUCCAGGAGCUAACGAUAAUAAAGCAAGAGGGCGAGAAGCUGGGGAUGCACAUCAAGGGCGGUCUGAACGGCCAACGCGGCAACCCCAACGACCCCAAUGACGAGGGUGUCUUUAUAUCGAAGAUCAACAGCGGCGGCGCGGCCAGAAGGGAUGGAAGAUUAAAGGUGGGCAUGCGCCUGCUGGAGGUGAACGGCGCGUCUCUGUUGGGCGCGACUCACGGCGAGGCGGUGAAUGCAUUGCGCGCCGCCACGCACGCACCGCUGCAUCUCGUGCUCUGCCACGGGUACACGAGACCUGAAAAGUAUACCACCGGUAGCGAGAGCGGGACAGCGGACACCGGCGGCUCUCUGUCACACUCCACAUCGAGCCUGGAUCGGGAGGACUUGCACCAACAACAACAGGAGCAACACUUCCAACAGGAUCUGGUUGAGUUUGAACAAGAGAAACAAGUCGCCUUAGCGAGGGAGAAAACCACACCCGAAAAGGUGAUGGACAUAGUGCACGCGGUGGAGAGCAUCGGACUGGAGCCGGCGCCGCCCACCUCGCCGGAGCCGCACCACAAGACCACCACCGUCGUCAUGUCCAAGCACACCCUGCAGCCUCAGACGUCUAGUCAAGAAGCGGCGAGCCCAUCGCCGCUCGCUGCCUUCACACAGCAGAAAGUGAAGAGCCCGCCCACAACACCCGCCACGCCCACAUCGCCCACCACGCCCGCCGCCCCCCACCGCCCGACACACGCGCCGCCGCCGCCCCCCGACAAGCGGAAACCCCAAGUGCCACGAAAACCUAACACGAAGCGAGUUAGUUUCACCAGCGAUCACUACGAACCACACGACAGACAAACAUCGACGAACGAAACCGAUCUCGAUCGCAGCCGACCGCAUGUGGGAAUGCAUGACUCCACCCCGGAGCCCGGCCCCGCCACUAACGAUGCAUGCUCGGGGACGCGUAGCUCUUUACUAAUACACCGCCCGCCGAAAACUGAGAUGGCGUUUACACAACCGGUCCCGCGGCCGGCCCCCGUGCUCCCCGAGGACUUUAUCAUCCCUCCGCCGCCUCUCUUCAGCGCCAACGUAAGUCAAAGUCAGUUAAUAGAGGACGAGUGCGAGGUCGAUGUGCCGCUCAUCUCUCUCAUCCCCGAACGUAUCGUCCUACCCGCGCCCGCCCUCGCGGAAACAACCAUGCAGUCCUCCAACUCGACCAAUUCUCCGGAGUCCGAGCUCCCUCCCCCCGUCAAUUACGAGGCCCACCCCGCGCUCGUGACGCCCUCGCCCGACCAGCCCCGAUCGGUCAUCAUUUCCGAAGUACCUCCUCAACAAGUCUUCCGAAACUCUGAUCUUAAUUCGGAGGAAACUUCCCAAUUUUAUAAUGAAAUGUCCAUCAGUCCAGACGGAGAGCCCGAUCCACCGGAGUUGUUGCAGGUCCAAAUCAAGACCUUGCCAACGGUGUCACAUAUCCCCAACUCCCCCUGUAGCUUGCACCCUAAUCUGUCCUACUACGAAGACAGUGAGAAUCAAAAUGUAUCACAUGCCUCCCUUCGAGAUCUUAGAGUUAAAAGCAUGCCCACGAAUAUGGUGCACUCGACGACCUACCCACCAAAUAAUCCAUACCCGUCUCUGACGACGGUCGCCGGCACGUACAAUCCGUACACGCAGCCGGUACCCGUCCGCCUCGACCGGACCGACAAUCCGAUUUACAGUCCCAAAGUAAGUCACUCCGUCGUCUCCCCUCUAGAUAGAGAUAUAAACGCGAACGUAACACGAGCCGUCCCCAUGCGCACGGGCGAUAUGCCUAGAGAUGUCUCAGCAGAGCGAAGAGUUCACUUCGGCGAAGUGACGACCGCGCCCGAGUCCCAUAGAUUGUCGAACGGUUCGGAUCCGGGCCGGGAGGGGAGCGUCUCGCCCGCCGCCGUCCCGAAGCCCGCAUGGAGCAGCAAAAUCAAAUCCUUCGCCAUCGGCGAGGCUUCCCCACCUCAUUCUGGAAAUUUUGUGAAAGCUUCGGUCAGUGAUAAGAAAAAGUUCUUCGAAAAUGCUAUGGAAGAAAGUCAUAAGUCAUCACCUAGACCAGAGAAAGUAUUCACAUUCCUGUCAGCGGAUGAGGUGGAGAAAUUGAAGCAAGAAGAGGAGAGGAAGAUGGCGUCGUUGUCGCGCUCUGAGCUCGGCUCGUGGUCACCCGGGGAGGACCGCCGCAGCGGAGACAGCGAGCACUCCGACGACGAGCCCUACGAGAACGGGCACAAUGCACCUAGAGGAGGCGGAGUCAGCCCCUCAGCGAAGUCGCAGCGGCGGCGCGAGCGGGAGGGCGGGGCGGCAGGCGGGGCGGCAGGCGGGGCGGGGGGCGAGGAGGACGCCGCCACGCGCGCCGCUCGCCGCGCCGCCUGGCGUGCCGCGCGGCUACGCUCACUUGAACAGGAGGCAAUAGAAUCGCAAAAGGUUAUAAAGAGUAUGGUUGGACCGGCGACAGAAAUAAUAGGCGAGUUGCCUCCCAGAGAUAAAUCGCCUUCAGAGAAAUGGCCCCUGCCGCGUAUCGCGUUACGUACAAAACCUGGGCCGAUACUUGCCGUCAAGGAGAAGGAAAAGUUGUUAGACGAGAGAAUAACGCUGCGGACGGAGGAGUACGUGUGCCCCGCCACUGGCGACACUAAAGUACGCACCGUCGAGUACAUUGAGAAAGUCAUUGAGAAAGAGGUGGAGACGACGCAAGAGAAAAUAAUUUCAUUAGAAUUGACGACGAGCCCCAGCAGUGAGAGUGCACCCACCGACAUGGAGGGCAACAACCUGGGGGAGGGGGAAGUGGGGGAGGACUCCCUGCAGCCUGACAUCGUGCAGGUCGUCAACCCCCUGCUGGACGGCGGCCUGGGCAGGGUCACCGCCAUCCCCGUCGGCCCCGCGCACCGCCUCACCUACACCGACAAACAGUGAACGAAAUUGGACAGACCUUAGUGGAAAUCACCCUUAAGUGUCUUUGGUCCGAGUUAUACUGGUCUCUAAUAUUCUCCGUACUCUUCCUGGCGAUUAUAAGGUAACAUGAAUUUACACAUGUGUCUAGGCUAUCCUAUUUCUAUAGAAACUUUCCGUCCGAUGUUGUUACAGAUUAUGUUUCUAUCCAAUUGUUUGAUCCACAUGAUGUUUGUUGAGAUUUAUUACUCACUCUGUAGAAAUUUACUUUUAACAUUCAUAAUCGCCACCCUGUUACCCAUGACAACGUAUCGGCUAAUUUUAAAGGUCCGACUCGAUAGUUGAUUUCUUCAAACGAACGAUAAAUAGAACGAGCAUGCAUUGUUACUUUGUAUUAUAACUGUGAUAAUAUUGUUUAGAAUUCCACCGAACUAUUGUUUUAAAAUUAGAAACGGAAACAUUAUUGAAGAAAUCCACCAGCGAGUGAACACCGAACGCGGAUUGUAUACAAAAUGGUACUGAUCUUAAGAAAUUCAAACAUGGCCGAUGAAAUCGUAAAAUCACCUUAAACAAUACUUUAUGGACAUUAGACAGCGUUUUAUAUUUAAAGCUUAUUUGCAUGUUUUUUUUUGUGUGUGAUAUUAAAGGCAUUUCUUUAGUGUGUACAUUCGUGUUCAAAAGUUUUACGGCAACAUUUCCACUUUGUAUAUAAUCCGUAGCGAACAUUGUUAUUGGACAUUUUGUUUCGAUCACAAUUUUUAUUUUUUUUAAUGUAAUUUUGCGACGGAGAUUUUUAGGUUUUAACGAUAUCUAUUUUGAUAAAUGAUAUUGUUCUUCGAGUACUUUACGUAUUUUUAAUAUUAAAUUUAAUUUUCAUUCCGUGGAAGUUUUUUUUAGAAAGUUUUGACUGAAUGUUUAUCUGUACCUGCUGAGUGGAAAUUGUUUUGAGGUGUUUGCAUGCAAUAGAUUGUAUUCCAUGGUACUUAUAGUAAAUGUACAUACCAGCAUUAUACAGAGUGUACAAUCGUGUACACAAUCGACAUCGUCACAUUUAAUCUGUUCCGGUAUUUCAUUUGAUUUGAAAUUUAUUUCACCUUUACUAUAAAUAUACAAUUUAUAAUUUAAUGUAAUUAUUUGAGCAUUGACAUUUUCGUUCAGUAUUUGUUUUAUUGGUGUAUUAUUUUUUUUAUUUAAUUUUUUUUUAAAUAAUUGAAUGUGUUUGGUGCCUUUUUUAUUUACUAAGUCUUAUCAACAA